AUGGACGAGAGGGCCAACAGUCUGCAUCGAUGGCAGUUGCUGUGGGAUGCCUCGACCAAUGGAAGUUGGAUUCAUCGCCUGAUCCCACGACUAGAUCCAUGGGUGAACAGACCGCAUGGAGAAGUGAAUUACUACCUCACGCAGAUGCUCUCAGGACACGGGUUUAAAUAUGAGGAAUCGCCGGAGUGCCCAGCCUGCCCCGGAGUCUCGGAAGAUGCAGAGCAUGUGUUCUUCACAUGCCCGCACUUCAAUGUGCACUGCAGCACUCUCGAGACUGCACUCGGAGGAAGGAUUCAGCCUGAGAACUUGGUGGAAGCCAUGUUUUCAUCAGAGACAGCCUGGGAGGUAACAAGCGCCUUCGCGGCGGAAGUCCUGAAGGACCUACGCAAGGCGGAGCAUAUUCUACCACUUUUGAUAGCUGUUGGAUUCUUUUAUAUCAUCCUUCUCGGCCUUAGUACCUAUAUGGCAAUUCAACUUCGCUACCGUCGUCUACUUCAUGUGACAUAUCGUCUGUACAUCGGAUCAGUAAUACUCCAAUCCAUUGGGAUCUGCUGCGAGAUUUACUGCUACAUUCAUCAAGGUCUCACCGGCUUUGAAGCACAUCAAACAUCACUAGCAGGAAGUCUUUACGAAGGUGGAGCAGAAAUUAUCUUCACGCUCCUGCUUUUUCUUCUCGCUCUUGGUUACACCGUCACCAGAAGUUCAUUAACUAUAAAAGAAGUCAAAUACAUCUCUUAUUUUGUGGGAAUGCUAAUCAUAUUGCAACUUACCUUAUUCGUGUAUCAGUGGGAAAUUUUUGAUCCUGGAUUGGUACUAUAUAUUUAUGAGUCCCCUCCAGGAUUCGGCCUCCUGACACUGAAGAUUCUCGCCUGGGGAAUAUUCGUAAUUUGUUGUUGGAGAACGAGUAGAAAAACUACGACAAAAUUUCAUUUCUACGCUUCUUUACUUUCAUUGGGCUCAAUUUGGUUCCUCUGUCAUCCAUUAACGGUAUAG